AUGCUGCUGGCCGCCCUGCCCGCACGGGCGGCCGCCCCGCGGCAGCCGCCGCCCGUGGACCUCUCGCGCAGCACCAGCCCGGGCUCCACGCAGGCGUCGUCGUUCAGCGGAGGCUCCGCGGCCUCGGGCAAGAGCAAGCACGCGGGCCUGCCAGGAGGUCCCGAGCCCGGCGGUCAUCGCCGCGACGGGCACGCCGAGGCGUUCGUCCCCGUCGCCCCUGCGGGGCCGCGUCCCGCAAGGUCCACCUUGUGCCUGACACAAGCAGACGGGGACUGGUAUCCGAGCAGCAUGUCGAAGCUUGUCAUAUAG